AUGAGAUUUCAAAACAUUCUAGCUUAUUUUAGGAAGAAAAAAGAACAACCAGAGCAAACAGAAGAAGAAAAAGAAAAAGAAAGGCAGCAAAGAAGAAAUGAAGAGCACCAUAACUCUGUCUUGUCUGAUAUUCAGUCAUUAAGCAAUUCAGAUACCAGACAUUUAUCUAAUAAUGAGCUUAAAAGUAUUUUAGAAGACUUAUGGAGUUCAAUGGAACUCUCUUUAACUAUGUAUAAAAAAAUCAAAUGGAUAGAAGACGAACUGAGCUCAUAUUGAAAGAUAGAUAAGGACUAUGACUUAAGGGUGCAUUUGGAAAUUGAACGAAUUGUGUAUGAGAGAACCUUCGAAUUUCUGUAUAAAUGGAAAAAUAUAAAGAUCGAAAUUAAGCCCUGUGUAAUCCAGUUUUAA